GCCUGGUCACCAUGGGGGAAACUGACCCGGGGACUGGACAUGGGCCCCGGGGAGAGAGAGAACAGGGAAGAUUUCACAAGACCCGCUGGUGGCCUGGGGCUGUGGGAGAGUUGGCUGGAUGACUCCACAGCCCCCAGACCCUGGUCCGGAGCUUGGUCGGGCGCCAUUCGCUUCUCACGAGGCUCUCCCCGGAGGCUGGCGGUCGCCGGCCAAGCCCGGGACUACAUUUCCCAGAGGGCAUCGCUCGGGGCCGUGGCUAUUUGCAUAGGGGCGUGGCCGGGCUGGGAAGCCAUAGUCCGCGGCGCUCGCCAGGGCUUCAGCUUGCUGCAGCCGCUGCCGGCAGAGAUGGUCGCGCUCCUGUUGCUGCUCCUCCUUGUCCCCUUGCUCCUGUUCUUGGCGGCGCCCCAUAUCAGAAAAAUGCUAUCCAGUGGGGUGUGUACGUCAACUGUCCAGCUUCCCGGGAAGGUGGUGGUGGUCACCGGAGCUAACACAGGCAUCGGCAAGGAGACAGCCAAGGAGCUGGCUCAAAGAGGAGCCCGCGUGUACAUAGCUUGCCGGGAUGUGCAGAAGGGGGAAUUGGUGGCCAGAGAAAUCCAGAGCAGCACAGGGAACCAACAGGUGCUGGUGCGGAAACUGGACCUGGCCGACACCAAGUCUAUCCGGGCCUUUGCUGAGGACUUCUCGGCAGAAGAGAAGCACCUCCACAUUUUGAUCAACAAUGCAGGAGUGAUGAUGUGUCCCUACUCCAAGACAGCAGACGGCUUUGAGAUGCACAUGGGCGUCAACCACUUGGGUCACUUCCUCCUGACCCAUCUGCUGUUAGCAAAGCUAAAGGAAUCAGCCCCAUCAAGGGUCAUAAAUGUGUCUUCCCUGGCACAUCACCUGGGAAGGAUCUACUUCCAUAACCUGCAGGGCGAGAAGUUCUACAACGCGGGUCUGGCCUACUGCCACAGCAAGUUGGCCAACAUUCUCUUCACCCGGGAGCUGGCCCGGAGGCUGAAAGGCUCUGGCGUGACGGCGUAUUCUGUGCACCCUGGCACGGUCAACUCGGAGCUGAUUCGGCACUCGGCUCUCAUGAGAUGGAUGUGGCGGCUUUUCUCCUUCUUCAUCAAGACUCCCCAGCAGGGGGCGCAGACCAGCCUGUACUGCGCCUUGACCGAAGGGCUGGAGAGUCUCAGUGGGAACCAUUUCAGCGACUGCCAUCUGGCAUGGGUCUCUGCCCAGGCUCGAAACGAGACGAUAGGAAGGCGGCUGUGGGAUGUCAGCUGUGACCUGCUGGGCCUCCCCACGGACUGACAGGUAGGGCAUUUGGACCCAAAAGAAGACUGCGGGCGACUGUGCAGUACUCCCUGCCAAAAUGAUUCUCCUUCAAGGUGACCAAGGGCUUGAACACGGAGAGAACAAAGCUUUUCCAGCCUUCCCUGCUUGGUGUCCGGUUACACCCCAUCCACUGCCGCAUUUGCCUAAACACCUUUCAUGGCCUGGACUGGCUCGACUAGCAGAGUUGCUGGCUGUAUCACAGGACGUGAGGACCCUUACAUGACCUGCACUGGAGCUGCUCCUACCCCGGGGAAGCUAAGCUACUUGUUUUUUUACCCUGCUCACUCACAACGUCCUUCCUCCCAUUCCAACCAAUCCCCGCGCAGAGAGGGCCACGCCAAAGCCUCUGCCCAACACCAUGGCCGCAGUGCCGUGUGCAGAGUGCGGCUUGUCCCUCCUCUUGUCACCUGUCAGGGCGCCAGCAUCUGGAUUCUUGGAGGACUGUGGCACGACCUUGUCUGUGACAGCCCAAAGCCUGUGCCAUUAGAGGACCCUUCCCCGUCUGGACUGCAGAGGGGCUUCCUCUGCUAAGACGUGUAUGGGGCUUGGGAAGGCAGAAAUAAAAAAAAAAAAAUCCAGCUCAAGCUCAUUUUCCUGCUGUUUCUCAAAUCAGUUCAGAGGCAAUGAACUCUGAGAAGGCAGGCCACUUCCAAGGCUGCUGCAGGCCCACAGAGGCCUCCCUUUCGUGCCGUAGUUUCUCUUAGAAGACCAGACAAAGAAAGGACAGGCUUUUCUGGGCACUGUCAUUGUGUGUAUCUUUUGCAUGUUUCCUUGUGUUUUUACCUAAUUGGUAGUGUUUGCAGGAAAUUCAAACUGCCACAAAGGAAUAGCAUGAAAGCAGGUAAAUGAUCAGGGAUGGAGCAAACCAGUCUUUGAUGUCAGUGGAUGGAGCCGCAGAGGGAGGCAGACUCCGUGCUCACAGAUGUUGGUGACCACUCACCAAGAAGCGCAUGCCCUGUGGGGAGGACAUCCCCAAACCCGCAUCUAGGGAAUAAUGCAUGAAAUGCAGGGGUCGGGUAAGGACUGAAAUGAAUGGAAGGCAGACAGAAUUGAGGUGAGCACCGGAGCUGGCAGGACUGAUGAGGCACUGUGUUAAAGACACCAGUCCAUCAGUGUGGUAUCUUAAAGCCUCCAACUGGUAAUUCCAGCCGGUCUAACAGCCUUCCAGGGCAUUUCCUUAUGGUAUCUGGACAAGAUUUAAAUGAUUAUGUGCUUACAUCCUGUGGGUACCAGUUCACGUCCCAGCUGCUCCACUUCCAAUCCAGCUCCCUGCUAUGGCCCGGGAGAGCAGCGGAGGAUGGUCCUAGUGCUUGGACCUCUGUACCCAUGUGGGAAACCUGGAGGAGGCUGCUGGCUCCUAGCUUUGGCCUGGCUCAGCCCUGGCCAUUGGGGCCAUUUGGGGAGUGAACCAGUGGAUGGAAGACCUCUCUCUCUUUCUCUCUCUCUGUAUCUCUGCCUUUCAAAUAAAUAAAUAUUUUUUAGAAUAAUACUGCUCAAGGAAGUCUAAAGAAUUGGUGACAUUGCCAUCUCCUGUUUGCAGUAUGUUAUUCUAACAGAGUUUGUGAUUUUCUUGGACUGAGAAUUUUAACUUUGGUAGGGCAGAGUCCUAAGACUACCGUCUUCACUUCUGUCUGUAAGUAAAUAUAAAUCUUCGGUUGCACUUGUUUUGACCGCUAAACUUGUAAAUAUUUAGAAAUGGUCAUUUUAUAGGAAAAUUGGCAAACUUUUGAUAAUACGGUAGAACAGAUGAAUUAAUAUUUUACUUAAUUUAUAUUGAACAUGCAAUAACAAAUAAAAAUCUUUUUCAGUUGUU